AUGGAAGAAAUAACCACAGAAGAGCAGAAAAAAUAUUGGGAGAUUUUUAUCUCUUUAAAUCCGAAAAACGGGUAUUUAAGUGGAGAUCAAGCAGCAGAUGUGUUAAAAAACUCUAAAUUGUCGAAUUAUCAGCUUGAAAAGAUAUGGAAUUUGGCAGAUGUCGACAGUGAUGGAAAUCUUGAUUUUGAAGAGUUUUGUAUUGCGAUGCGAUUGAUUUUUGACGUUAUUAACAAUGUUUAUUUGGAGGUUCCUACACGGCUGCCGGAUUUUUUGAUUCCGACAUCAAAAGCUCAUCUGAUUACUGCUCGUCAGGCUAUUAAUGAAAAUUUACAAAAACAGCAAUUUAUGCAAAUUACAGACAAAACAAGAGCUUUACGGUAUGAUUUUGACUGGCAUAUACAACCAUCUGAUAAGCAAAAUUACGAGACAAUAUAUACAUCAACUGCAGAUUCAUAUGGAUAUAUUUCUUUUGAUACUCUCAAAAAUUUGUAUGCAAUUUUAGAUAUUUCAGAUACAGAACUUCAAGACGCAUGGAAGUUGGUAAAUCCUCGUCUACAUGAAUCAAUUGAUAGGGACCAAGUAAUUUUUUUUCUUCAUAUUUUAAAUCAAAGAAAUAAGGGUUUUUGUGUACCAAAUAUAGUUCCUGUUCAUUUAAAAGCUAUUUUUGAGAAAAGCCCGGCAAACUACAAUACGAGAAGGACAUCUAUCCAUCAUGAUAAUGAACAAAGCACAUUUUCACCACAAACUUCAAAAUAUACGUCUCCUAGUACAAAAUCUGAUCUUUCUAAAGGAUAUACAGUAAAAGACAGCGAUAGUAUUGAGAAAAGACGAGAACAGGGCAUUUACUACUCAAAUAUGGAACAAAAAUCAGAUGUCUCUGAUAAACAUUUAUUAAACAUCAUCCAUGAACUGGAAAAGAUGCUUAAUUUUAAAAAAAAAGAGCUAAAACGACUAAAAGAAGGCAAUAUCAAAUCUGCCAUUGGAUUAUCCGAUUUAGAAAGUGUUCAAUCUGAUAUAUUAAUGAUGAAGCAGCAGGUCGACAAUCUUGGUUCGUAUUUAAUUAAAAAAACAGAUGAACUUCAAAAACUGCAUGAUGACAUUAAACAGGAAACACAAGGUCGUUAA